UGCUCGCUUAUACAUCCAUCACGCUUUUCUCCAGGUACACCUAUAAGUAUAUCUCUUGCACCUAGCUCUUUUUCCAUUCGAGUCUUAUGGAAGAAAUCGGUAAUACUUGAACGCGUCCCUCUCGCGAUCCGUCAGUCGGUAUACGAUUGUCAAGUUGCUGGCAUCGCAGUGCUUGUACGUACAGCCACUGUAAUAAACUUAAUACAUAUAUUAACAGUCAUUGGAUUGGAGGGAGCGGAUACGUAGUAUUAUAUACCUACUUAUUGUAUACCAAAGUGUGUUUUUCAAGAGCGCGCCUUCGCCGUGGUUCGUCUCUUUCUCUCUUUUUGUCUCGUGUCCUACUGCUACUACUCCCAUGAGCUUAAAGCCGCUCACGCAUGCAGUUAGGGUGUAGUGAACGAAAAGGAAAUAAGAAAAAAAAAAAAAAAAGAAAAAAGAAAACACACGUAUAUAUACACGCACUGAAUCAACAACGUUGCCGCUUCGAGAUUGUUAAUCCGAGUGUGUCUGGUGCCACGGCCUACUGUAACAUUUUAAGCUCUUCUUCUUCGCUUAGUACUUACAACCUUAUAUUCUUCAUCAACGUUGCAUUAUUGUCUUCGCCCGUAGAGCAGAUGCUUACUCGCACGUUCGAAUGGAUAACCAGUGGAUAGAUUCGUUCCAUCCAACCCGAGAGCAACAGUAAGAAGCGGCGGCGGCAACGACGACGGCGGCUUCGUGUGUUAUAAAAUAUAUCAUCAAGAGAGAAGCCUCCACGCGCGGAGCGAGAGAGAGAGAGGCAGAUAUCUUCCUCUCGGCGACGGAUGUAAUAGUGCGUGUUUUUGCCGUCACUAGAGAAAAGAUUGACGACGACGACGACGACGACGAGUGUGUUGUAUACUCUCAGUUUAGUGUUUCCUAAGGAUACAGAGCCCAACGCUCGCCGUCAUCAUCACGACGUGCCGGAGAGAAGACUCUCCCAGAUCUAAUUUACCCAGGAGAAGGAUAACCCAGCCGCCAAGCUGGAUUCUUUAAAUCCAGACUCGUUCAUGGACGAGCUAAUAAUGGACUCGGGCCCAGCUCCAGCUGCCCAGCAGCAGCAGCAACAGCAGCAGCAACAACAACAACAUCAGCAGUCGUCCUAUCCACUGGGUGACCGGCAGCAAUUUUGUGUCUCGUGGAACUCGCAUCAGUCCAACAUGCACAGCGCUUUUCCCAAACUCCUGAGCAGCGAGCAGUUCGUUGACGUGACCUUGGCCUGCGACGGUGGCUCGAUCAAGUGCCACAAGGUCGUUAUCUCGGCCUGCAGUGACUAUCUCGAGCGCCUACUCCUCGAUCUUCCAUGCCAGCAUCCCAUCAUCUUCCUCAAAGACAUGAGGAUGUGGGAGCUUCAAGCUCUUGUCGAGUUCAUGUACCGAGGCGAGGUCUACGUCGAGCAGCAGCAGCUGGCCAAACUUAUGCAGGCGGCAGAAGCUCUGCAGGUUCGUGGACUGUCAACUCAGGGUCGAGACAGCAACGGAGUGUCUGACAGUUCCCACAUGAACAGCAACUCGGCCCCGAUCAAGCCCUCGCCACCAAAGGGAACGAGUGGUGGUGCCUCAUCGACAACCUCAUCAAUCGGUGCUGGCGGAUCCGACUUUCCCCAGUGCGAUGAUGCCCAUUCAAACGACGAUGGUUCCGAGUCGGACUAUCUAAGUACCAGUGUACUCUCCAGCGGCCUGCCCGCUUCCCUUACAGCUACUCCAACCGGCACUCAAGACCAGUCGGCUACGUCGAUGAACAACCCCCUUAGUGCCACCAAUUUCUUGAAUAUGGAGCACAGCGAGGCUCUCCACCACCUCGAGAAGGCUCUGAGUUCUUGCGAGGCGACCCUUACUGAAGCUCCGGGCAUGGUUAAGAUGGAGCCUGACGAACAUCAGAUACUUGCCCAACAAGAAAAGCAAUACUCCAUUGUUGCCGUGCAACCUAAUAGUUGUGGUCCAGGCAGUCCAUUUCCUGCCAUAGAAGGUUAUCAAAGGCGACAGCGACGAUCCGAAGCUGAGUUAAAACAAGCCUCGGACCUAGUUGCACGUGGUAUGACCUUCCAAGUAGCCUCGGAAAAGUACAAUAUCCCCAUCAGCACAAUUCGGUUCUACAUGGCACGCAAAGGUAUCCUCAAGAGGCGAAAGCGCGGCCGUGGCUCCAGCCAAGCCGGUGGUAUGAGCCAGCCUGGCAGUCCAGCGUCGCCACCUUUUCACAUGUUGAAUUUCCGUCUGCCAGAGAGUCUCAACACCAGUCUACAGUAGUGUAAAGCUACUCCAGUAGUAAGUUUUAAAGAGUCUCAGAGCAGAUGUGUUGAGAUGAAAGGAAAAGAGAUUUCUUGGAAAUUUCGCUGCUAAAAUGAGAAAAAGAGAAACGAGAGAGAGAGAAGCAAAAAAAGUUGUUUACAAAUAGUAACAAGUAUGUAGUUGUGUUGUUAACAACACUAGAGCUGUUUCAAAGACGCGCUUCCCCUUUUUUCUUCCUAUACCGCCGAUAACCAUUUUUAAUCUUCCACCCACAAGAGAGACGGUUCGCGACUCCCCUAUGCGUUUCAAUGUAUGUGCUACUAUACAAUAACUACAAACGAACAAAAUGAAUUUGAUUCAAGCUAAUGAUCUUAUUUCUGUAACUACUAUUUUUAUUUUGCUGUUGCAAGUACUGCUGUAUGUUGAAGUUGUGCCACUGUUCGUCAUACAGUUAUUUCAGUCCACUUUAUCAUCCUCUUUAUUUUUUAUUAUUAUUUUUUUUUAAUUCUAAUUUUUAAGUGUAUGUUAGCAUUUCCUAAUAUUUAAUACU